CCUCCAGCAGCUUGAUGUACGCUGUAAAUAGUGUUUAAAUGGAUACGAAUACACCGCAUCCACAUUAACCAUCAGGUAUUUGGUGCCAGGGUAAACCGUGAGACUCGAUCUGUUUUAAUGAACAUGAAUCCUCAUGUGACAGUCAGCGGAGGAGAGCAGAGACCGCUUGUGUCCAGCUGUGUUGAGGAAGCACUGAAGGCAGCUCUGCACAGGGCGUUUGAGGUGGCGCUGGAAAUCACCGUGAAUGAAAUCAGCACACUGAUGGGUCAAGCGCUGCGUGAUGCCUACGACCAGAUACAUGAGACCCAGCGGGAGAACAUCACCCUGAAAUUACGACUACAGCAGCUCCAGAAUGAACAAGACAGCACACACCACACUGCGUACAGUCAGACGGAUGCAAACCAGAGUGGGACCACAUCAGACAUUCAGGAUGAGGAUACACCGAGGAAAGUGUGUGAAAAGGAAUCGGAUGAAUAUGUGGUUGCGAGUGCAGAGAUGACCUGUGAGAGGCUGAAUGGAUCUUUUCAUGAAAUACGUGAUGAUGGUCGUGUACGCUCUCAUGAAUCCAACACAUCACCUAUUAAUGAGAAAGAAACCUUAGACUCAGUAAAUGAUCCCAAGAUGGACCACAAACAAGACGUAGAGCCAAGUGAUCAGGACCCAUCAUCAUUUCAACCUGAGUUUGAACCAGUUAAGGUGAAGACGGAAAAGCCAGAACCAGAGGAACCACUGGUGGAUGGCAGCUCUGGAUGUGAUUCUGAUGCUAGACCAGACUAUAGCUUUGACCCAAGGCCUAAUGAGGAGUUUGGGCUUGACAGAAUAGCUUUUGCCCAGUCUAAACUAUUAGAAGACUGGAGGACUGAUCCAGAGCAGCUGCAGUGUGAGACUGAAUCUUUGGAACAAGGACCCAGCCGUAGCCUUGGUUCCUCAGAAAUCAGUUUGUCCACCCCGUUUCAUAGCUUCUACCAAUCAGCGGACAAAACUUCCCUCACCCAGUCAACUCAAAACUGUAGUGAUCAAGUGAGGAAAAACAUCCAGUCCAGCCUUUAUGUUUGUAAAUUCUGUGAUCAUGUGUUUCACAGUGGAAUCGAACUGCGUAAUCAUCACAUUCAACAUCACAGAACUAUAUUAAUGAGAGUGGGAAAAGCCACUAUUACAACCAGGCGAAAAAAACAGCAGCUUUUUCCCCCAGGGUGCAGCCCAUAUCACUGCAAUGUGUGCAACCGAGACUUUAAUCGCCUGGAGAACUUAAAGACUCACUUGCGGAUACACACUGGCGAGCGUCCGUACACCUGUUCAGUGUGUGGUGUGCGGUUUCGCCACUCAGGGGCGCUGACACGCCACUUCCGCAUUCAUACUGGUGAAAAACCAUAUGUAUGUGCAGAAUGUGGAAAGAGUUUUAGGAACUGCGGAGGUCUACGCUUCCACCAGAAAUCACACAGCCUGGGCAAAUGAAACUGCAGAAGACAUGUGAUAUUUAUUUAAAAGUGAACAACCAGCAGCUCUCUAUGAUUCUGCGUCUCAUCAUUAGUCUUAAGGGAUAGUUCACCCAAAAAUGAAAAAUCCGUCAUCAUUUAAUCACCCUCAUGUAGUUCCAAAAUCAUAAUAUUUUCUUCCUUGGAACACAAAAGGAGAUGUUAAGCAGUAUGUUAGUCUCAGUCACCAUUCACUUCUGUGAUACAGAAGAGAGAAUGUCAUACAGUUUUGGAACAACAUGAGGGUAAGUAAACAAUGAUUGAAUUGUUGUUUUUUGGUGAACUGUCCCUUUAAGAUGGCCUAUUUGAUUAUACAGACUUAAUGGUUUUCCCCAUACUUGACUAACGUUGGACAUAAAACAUCCAAAAUAUUACAUGCGUUCAAUAGCCAAUUUCAAUAAAAGAAGAAAUGCACUCAACUCGUGCCUUUAGCUCAGUGUCUGUAACGUUUCGUCAUACAUAAUCAGGUUUGAGGUUCUCCGCAACACAGAACCCUCUGUUGGACCUUGCUUUGAAUUUAUGAUCAAUUUAUAGUUUGUGAAACAUCAACU